ACCGUCCCUCCUAUUAUUCAAAAAUUUGAACUGUGUUUACAGCCGCGAGGGACGAUCUCCUUGACCCCAAAUCAUUCACAGCAAAAGAAGCAGCAGUGAGGGCUUCGUGUCGCGCGUCCCUCUCUUUCCGUCCUCUUGCAAAGUCGCAGCAGCAGCUUUCCCAGCAUCGCGUCAUCGCUGGUGAAAGCACAUUAUCUUGUUGGGGACUCGACAAAUAUGCACUGUUGUAUGGCCACCAAGAGUCAAAUUUUUUUGGAAAAACUUUUCAGGAUUCUUUUGCUAGGAUUUCUUUUCCUAGAAAAAAACUUCACUACCUAAGGAAUGGAGGAAGUUGAUGCAGAGAUUGCCUUCUUGGCCACGGAGAAGCCCACAGGGCAUGAGUGGGAACUCUACAAAGAAAACGUGAAGCCGUUGAAAAGGGGGAGAAAUGUCCACCUCCUUAACGAAGCUCUUAAAUGCAAUAAUCACAAUGCCUCUAGGAAAUUUCUCUUCGAGCAUCGCAGGAAGUUGAUUGAAGCAAUUGAUGAUUAUAAAGGGGACGAUCCUCUCAUGCCAUGGCUCGAGUGCAUCAAAUGGGUUCAAGAAUACUUUCCAGCAGGUGGUAAAUAUUCUGGGUUGCUUGUCAUUUAUGAGCAAUGUGUCCGUACAUUCUGGCAUCAAGCGCAAUAUAAGGAUGAUUUGCGCUAUGUAAAAGUGUGGUUGGAAUAUGCUGAUAAUUGCUCUGAUGCUGAGGUGAUAUACAAAUUUCUGGAUGCAAAUGAAAUUGGACAAACACAUUCUUGUUAUUACAUAUCAUAUGCUCUACAUAUGGAAUCAAAGCAUAAGUUGAAAAAUGCAGAUGAUAUCUUCAAUCUUGGUAUUUCACGGAAGGCACAUCCAAUAGAGAAGCUAGAAAGUGGUUACAGGAAAUUUCUUUCACGUUCAAUGAGAUCUUGCAAAUCUAAAGAAGAAGAAUCUGCCCAAGAUCCAUUACCUGCUCGAGUCUUUGGAACUGUUUUGGCUGCCGGAGAAGUUGGCAGACUCGCCAUGCAACAACAACCUGAUGUUUCUCGAAAAAGGGCAAAAUUAGCAAGGGCAUCAAGUAAUGUACCAUUAUCUAUCUACAAUGAUGCAACUUCAGAAGGACACUCUGUGCAAUCAUCACCUAAUGCAUCUCAAAGAGUAUCAAGCAAGAUUCAAGGUCAUGUUUGGCGAACCCUGGGCACCCAGGUUGACAGGAACAAGGAAAACACGGCUGUGCCUGUAAAGUGGACAUCUACUAAGAUUCCCCAAAAGAACACAAUGAGAAGAAGAAAUACAGGUCCGAGUCCAUAUCUUGAAGUUUUUGUUGAUGACGAAUUUGCAGAUGCUGAUGAUCGGCUCAGGUUACCUGGGACUGCUGAAGGCUCUGAGUCUGAAAGGCAAUCACUUUUGCAUACUCGGCAUGGCAUUCAAAACCUCAAAAACGAAACUGAACUAUUAAGAGAGAAUCCUUUACGUCAUUUUCCACCAUGUAGCCUCCCAAGAUGAUGUGCUAUCCUACUCAGCACAUGCACUCAACAGCAGAAGCUGCUUGUAUUGAACCUUUUAUUUCUUCUUUUCCGCCAACAUUUUUUUGGCAGUGACUAUAAUGUAUGAACUAAAAUAUGAGUUUUGCUUUUGACGAACGAGGACACCAGUCAAUUGCUGUUGUACCUUAAAUAUAAUGCUGAAAUCAACUAUUGAUGGAUGAAAAUUACAUAUUUCUUGUGCUCAUGCAUAA